CACAAACAUUUUUGGUAUUUUGGACGCAUAACUGCAGUCACACAUAAAACAUAUUGCAGUAAAAAAUAUAUAUAUGUUGGAGGCAGGAUUUGCAGCAUAGUGAAGUUAUACUGCACUCGGACUCAGUCCUUUUUCGUAAGGGAUCCUCUUUAGGACUCUGUGUAAUGAAGAAGAGAGGGAGAAGAGCGCGGCUACCCGAUGUGGAAGCAGGACAGAGAAGCCAGACUCAGUCAGUGGCUGGGGUCAAGAAACCUGCUGGGCGGCGAGAAAGACCAAAGAAUGCUGUGAAAACAACUCCACAAUCAGUUGUAUGUGAUGGAGGUUUCGAGGAUGUUGGUCCAAGUGACAGAUCUGCAAGAUUACAAUUGAGCACAACUGUGUCAGUUGUGGAGAUAGAAGGGGAGGAGCAUCCAGAGAAUAGAUCAAAGAAAUCAGGUAUGGGCAGACUCAGCACUGCAUUCUGUCGACUCUGUCAUGGAAAGUUCUCACCUCGGAGGCUGCGGCAUGCCUUUGACAAGUGGCCAGGAGAGCUGGAGGGGGUCCCUGACCAGACAGAGCCAGCCCAGUCACCCCUGCUUUUCUACACAGACUUUCAGCGCCUAGUGGGAGUGCCACUGAACCGUGACCCACGUCUCUCACAAUUUGUCUGCAAGAACUGCCACACAAAAUUCUACAAGUGCCACACUAUCCUGCUCACAUUUCUGCAGAGGGUAAACCUCUUGCCAUCUGUGAAUGUGCACACCAGAGACAGGAAAAGUUCAGAGUGCUCUCAAUCAACAGUGCAUCCCAGCUUGUUGUCACUCCCUCUCCCAGCAUUCUCCAUCCCCUCCGAUCCCAAGUGUCUCCACAGCCUGGUGUCCUGGGCCCACCACCAUGCAGAGGACUGCCGCUCCUGCCCUGACCUGAAAGAAGUGCUGGAGGGGCAGUGCUGGGGCUCAGUAAGGGCUGUCUGGGGGUGUAUGGAUGGACAUAGUUACAUGAUGGACACACAGACCAGAGCAAAUCCUGGACACACUGGGUGUGAUCCCCUACUGGAAGCUGAGGAGCAGCCCAGAGGGAACCGAAUCCCUGUCAACACCACCAUGCCCCAGGCCAGUCCAGCUGCUACCCCACAGACUCAGAGCUCCAUCAACACUGAUGCUACUACCACCAGUGCAGAUGAAUUUCUCUUUGGUAAGGAGACACCCUCCCCUGCACCAGCCCCACUCAUGGACAGGACAGGUGACAUUGACCUAUAUGACCGGAACAUGUCCAGUGAGGAUGAGUUGGAAGAUAAAAGGAAAAGUGGAUCCUCUGAUGAAUUAUUUGAACCAUACCCAGAAAAGAAAGUUGCCUCCCCAAAGAAGAGAACCAGAAGAAAAGAAGCAAAAACUCCCAAGGAGCCUAAAGUUAGAAAGAAGCCAGGACCCAAGCCUGGCUGGAAGAAGCCGAUCAAGUCAGAAAGAGAGGAGCUGCCCAAUAUCUACAAAUGUCCGUACCAGGGCUGCUCAGCUGUGUACCGAGGAGCAGACGGCAUGAAGAAACACAUUAAGGAGCACCAUGAAGAGAUCCGUGAGCGACCCUGCCCUCACCCUGGCUGCAACAAGGUCUUCAUGAUUGACCGCUACCUGCAGCGACACGUGAAACUCAUCCACACAGAGGUGAGGAACUACAUCUGUGACCAGUGUGGUCAGACCUUCAAGCAGAGGAAGCACCUGUCUGUGCACCAGAUGCGCCACUCAGGGGUCAAGCCACUACAGUGCGAAGUGUGUGGUUUCCAGUGCCGCCAGAGAGCGUCGCUAAAGUACCACAUGACUAAACACAAGGCAGAAGCUGAUCUGGAAUUUGCAUGCAAACUGUGUGGAAAGCGCUUUGAGAAGGCCCACAACCUCAACGUCCACAUGUCCAUGGUGCAUCCCCUCACACUAGCAGCUGCCGGAGGAAACAUCGACAGCCCCUCCAACCCUGCUAUCACCAAUUUAGAGACCAUCACAGAGACUGGGGAACUGAACCCUUACACCAGUUGACCGACUUGAUUAGGCAUGUGACCCUCAAGGAGAUAUACCAACCACAAAGUCCCCUAAACCACAAAGUAUAACAGAGCUAGGGAACUAGAUUCAGCUGCAGGACGAUUUCUGUCUGAGCGGAUGGUCAGAGAGCCAGUACAUAAUUCUAAAAACUUUGAACACCUGCAAAUUAACCACAACUAAGGCAAAAAAAUCACUUGCGGGAUUGUUUUGGCCCGCCAGCCGCCUGUUGCCGACCCCUACUCUAUAAGAAGUCUGGUGUAGAAUGGUCAUGGCUAAUGUGACUAAUUAACUUGAGGUAGAGAAUAAGGUUAAUAUAAGUUAUACGUGCACUGUGUAUAAAUGACAGUACUUCUAAAAGGAGCACAGCUAGCAGAUCCUCUUUCAAAGCCAGGUAAGCUGUGUGAUACUUACUUUAGUGUUGUACUGCUCUAUAAUUAUGUCCUUAAGGCAACAUUAUCAUGUAGCUAGCCAAGUAUAUUCUUCAUGGGAGGACAAAGACCAAGUUUUCAAACUCCCCCAUACAUCUUUAUAUAUAUUGUUCAUUAAGGAAGGCAAGUUGUCAUGAUUCAAGGAUGCCAAACGUCAGUAACAGUCCACGGGUGUGCCUGUAGCCCCAUAUAUAUUUCUCUCUCUCACACACACACACACACACACACACACACACACACACACACACACACACAGUCCAUUCAGAAAGUAUUCAGACCCUUUUCCCUUUUCCACAUUUUGUUACAUUACAGCCUUAUUCUAAAAUGGAUUAAAUAAAUACAAAUCCUCAAUCUACACACAAUACCCGAAAAGCGAAAAAAGGUUUUUAAAAUGUUUGUCUAUGUAUUAAAUAUACAUAACAUACCUUAUUGACGUAAGUAUUCAGGACCUUUGCUAUGAGAAUCGAAAUUGAGCUCAGGUUCAUCCUGUUUCCAUUGAUCAUCCUUGAGAUAUUUCUGCAACUAGGUUGAAGGAAUUGUCCGUAGAGCUCUGAGACAGGAUUGUGUCAAGAGACAGAUCUGGGGAAGGGUACCAACACAUUUCUGCAGCAUUGAUGGUCCCCA